UAGUAGAGCAAUAUAAGAGAAACUUCCUUCCACCUCAAGGAAGGUUCGAAGGAAAGCACUUAAGAGUUAUGGAAGAGUUAUGGCUUUGAACUGAGCAGUAUGAGCUAUAGCUCUAAAAACCCACAAUUCUCUGGUCCUCUUCUUCUCCUCUUCUCUCUCUGUUCUGUUCUGUGUGAGAAGCCCAGAUGUCUGAUUCCACUUUCCAAUCCACAAACUCUACAGAAAAUGAGUUUGCUGAAGCUCAUAAUUUUGAAUUAUCAGAUUACCUUCUCUUAGAUGCUAACUACACCCAUGGAAGCACUUAUGAUUCUGAAUUAUCAGAGUAUCUUGUUUCAGAUGAAUGGGUAGAGGGAAAUUCUCCUACAGCUAUGGCAGCACUUGGGUCAUUUCAUAAUUCCAUUCCUUCCAUCCCAAAAGUGGUUGAUUCCGCCCAAAGUAAGAGUCAACAUGGACAGCAGCCCACUUGCAGCAAUAACAGCAGCAGCAGCAGCAAGUGUGAGGAAGGGAAGAAUAAGAAGAUGGUUAGAGAUAAAGUUGCAUUCAAGACAAAAUCUGAUGUUGAUAUCAUGGAUGAUGGAUUCAGGUGGAGGAAAUAUGGGAAGAAGAUGGUCAAGGACAGCCCAAAUCCAAGGAAUUACUAUAGGUGUUCAGUUGAUGGUUGUCCAGUAAAGAAGAGGGUAGAACGCGAUGCCGAAGAUUCGCGGUAUGUCAUAACAACAUAUGAGGGUGUCCACAACCAUGAAACUCCUCCACUCUGAAGGAAUUUUUCCUGAACUACUUUUUGUUUUCUUUCUUCAUUCACUCAUUUCUUCUGGUAGAUUAACCAGUUGUGUAUUAGAGUAAUAUUAUAUAAGUAGUAAUCUCACUGUUGCAUAGUUCUAAAACUGUAAUGGAUGAUCUAUCCAUAUGAGAAAAUACAUAAGAUUAUAUUAUGUAAUAUGAAAUGGGUUUUUGUAAAUUUGAAUUUUCAAAAUCCA